AUGCCACACUUUACCGAGCCGUCAACUCCGGCGGCUACGAUCACUACACUCGAUGAGAAACUAACAGACGCCGAUACAACAGCCCCAGCAUGUUUCCUCCACGAUCACCACUUGAAUUCCCAAACUCUCCCCUUCUGGCUGGUGAAUCUACCCCGGUCGCGAUGGACAACUGAAUGUCCUGCAUUCUUGCGGGAUCAACCGCCGAAAAACAUCAUCUGUCUCUCAACACCCGAUGAUCACUAUACACGACAGAACUGGGGGGAAGUGAAGGAGAUAAUCAGAACCAAUCGGAUCGAUCGAUUCCAGCGUGUUCCAAGCGACUUACGCAAGUAUCUAGAAUACACAGCCCAAAUCAAAGCCGAGUACUCGUCAGUCAUGAGAUUCGUGGUUAAAGAACGACUACACUGGGGCGACGGGAGCACAGAAGACCUCAAGUCCCGAGGCAAACCAUUCGAAUACGACGGUAUGGCAAACUGUAGAGAGACGAAAAAGAAAACCGGGUUGGUUGGUGUUGAGAGCGAGACUGAUAUAAUACCUUGGGCAGACGACAUCCGAAUCCUCUACAACGACUGGCCGUAUGGGGUCGAGACAGAUAUCAUCCAUCUGGUGGUGUGGACCAAAUUCGAGCUGGAAGAUGAUCCUGCGACCGGUGACUUGACGCCACAGGCGCGCGAGGCCAUAGAGAAAUAUGUCCGGUGCACGUUUUGUUCGCGCGUACCGACCGAUCAGGUUGUCUGGUUUAGGAAUUGGAAGUCGCUCAAGUCGGUUCAUGCGGUUGAACACUUCCACGUCAUGCUUCGUGGUCCCGAUAUGGCAUUCGUGAGGGAGAUCACCCGGGGAGAUGUGCCGCUGAUCGAACGGGUGAAGGAGUAG